AUGAUUCCGGACGAAGUCCUGGGACCGGCGAUUCUGAAUGAAGACCAGGAUCGACAGGCUCCCAACGCAACUCAGAAAGGUGAAUGGAGUGAGGAGAAGGACAAGAUUAUAAUUGAGGCUCAUGGUGAAUUAGGAAACAAAUGGGCAGAAAUUGCAAAGAAACUAGAAGGGAGGACUGAAAAUUCCUUGAAGAACCACUGGAAUGCAGUUAAAAGAAAGAUAUUAGCAAGUCAAAGAUUCCAAAGCUCAAAACAUCAAAAAUCAAAUUCUCUCCUGGAAAGUUACAUCAAUAGCUUGAUUGAAACUUCAAACAGAACAAAUAAUGAAAGCAAUGCAUGCAUCAGUGCCAACAUGCAUACUUUUAAUGCCAUGAUUGGACCUUCGACUCAGCUUGCAGAUAGUGUUGAAUUUUUUGUAAGUGAUGACUUAGUUCCCAAUUAUGAUUUUAGCAACGUCUCAGAUUUUUCUUUUGUCAAUGCAAAGACGUUUCUUGAGAAUUACAAUCUUGCAUCUAAUAUAUUUGAUGAGAUGCCAGGCACAUAUGUUAUUGAUGAUACAAAUUCUAAGAUGGAAUUGCCAUUUGAUAUGGAUUCACAGUUGCAAUGUGAGACGAAGAGGGACAAUCUUACAUCUAUAUUUUAUGAGAUGCCAGGCACAUCUAUUAUUGAUGAUACAAAUUUCGAGAUGGAAUUGCCAUUUGAUAUGGAUUUGCAAUUGCAGUGUGAGAAGAAGAGGGACAAUCUUGCAUCUAUAUUUGAUGAGAUGCCAGGCACAUCUGUCGAUGAUACAAACUUCGAGAUGGAAUUGCCAUUUGAUAUAGAUCCGCAGUUGUAG